UCAAUCGGCCAUUUCGUCGGUGCAGGCCAUCAACCGUUAAGGGAAGCGGGGAUUCUGGUUACCUGAAAGGCACAUCAAGAAUAUCGCAACAUGAGUGAGCAAGCUAUUUCAUUCGCCAAGGACUUCUUGGCUGGCGGUAUCUCCGCUGCCAUUUCCAAAACAGCCGUCGCCCCAAUCGAGAGAGUGAAGCUUCUCCUUCAGGUCCAGCAUGCCAGCAAACAGAUCACCGCCGACAUGCAGUAUAAAGGCAUCAUGGACUGCGUUGUCCGUAUCCCCAAGGAGCAGGGAUUCGUUUCCUUCUGGAGAGGUAACCUUGCCAAUGUCAUCAGAUAUUUUCCCACCCAGGCCCUCAACUUUGCCUUUAAAGACAAGUACAAGAAGAUCUUCCUUGAUGGCGUCGACAAGCGCACCCAGUUCUGGAGGUACUUUGCUGGUAACCUGGCCUCUGGAGGUGCUGCCGGAGCCACCUCUCUCUGCUUUGUGUACCCCCUCGACUUCGCCCGUACCCGUCUGGCAGCUGAUGUGGGAAAAGCGGGAGCCGAGAGAGAAUUCAAAGGUUUGGGCGACUGUCUGGUAAAGAUCUCAAAGUUAGAUGGUGUGCGGGGCUUGUACCAGGGCUUCAACGUGUCUGUGCAGGGCAUCAUCAUCUACAGGGCUGCAUACUUCGGCAUCUAUGACACAGCUAAGGGUAUGCUUCCAGACCCUAAGAACACCCACAUAUUGGUUAGCUGGAUGAUUGCACAGACUGUAACGGCUGUUGCUGGCCUUACGUCAUACCCCUUCGAUACUGUACGUAGACGUAUGAUGAUGCAGUCUGGACGUAAAGGAGCUGACAUCAUGUACAGUGGGACCAUUGACUGCUGGCGCAAGAUCGCACGUGACGAGGGUGGCAAAGCUUUCUUCAAGGGAGCUUGGUCCAACGUGCUCAGAGGCAUGGGUGGCGCCUUCGUGUUGGUGUUGUACGAUGAGCUGAAGAAAGUCAUCUAAUUCUUUGUCACGUCACUGUCCGAUUUGGCUAAAUGUAUUAACUUUCCAUUUCUAUGGACUUUGCAUUCUGCCUUAUUUAUGGGAACAACUAGCAUCUCACAAAGUAGCUGUGAGAGGUGGCUGUAUGUUGUGCAUCUUUGAUUUUAAAACGUUCCACGCCCUCUUUACCAAUGUCAUUCCAAAUAUAAAAAAGAAAAAUAUGAGUACCUCCUUGUGUCAUUCACUAGGUUUGUAUGGUCCCAACUUGAAUAAAUCUAUCCUGAGGAACAACCUUAA